UCGAUCGUCAUCGUCUCGUGUCGUCGAGGCCGUGAUAACAAUAAUAGCAACCGGAGCGCCGAUUCGAAUGGUAAUCACGCGUUCAUCGUGGAAAAACACAAAAAAGGCCCAAAAAUGCAAUCGUCUACCCAACUUUGCCAAUCGACUUCCAAUUGUUGAACGAGUAUAUAGUAACAGUCAUGCGAUGGCUCGCAGGAGCUAAUAGAAAACGAGAAUGGCGAGCAACGUCGGCAGCGCGAGCGUGAAAAAGCCAUCGUCGUCAUCGUCGGCUCUGUUGACGCGGGAGUCCCGGUGCGAGCUGAGUUUCUGCGUGAUGCCACUGCCGAGCAUCAUAAAGAAGGCGAGCAGUUACAUAUUGGGCGAGAGCUGCCGGGACACGUUGCGCGCCAUGUACCAGGACGGCGAGACCCUGUUCUGCAAGAACAACGUGUGCGUCCAUCCGCCGAGUUUGUUGCGCCAGCAGUGCGAGGUGAUACACCACCCGGGAUACAUGACCGUCACUUGUCGGAUCGACAAGCCAACGGGCGUGCCGACCCUCCACCUCAGCUGGAUACCCAACACGACGCUGAGGAAACACCCGAGUACCCUUGAGAACGCGACACUCAAUGUCAUUGUCAAUUGA